GAGUGUCGCUGCUGCUAGGUGAGUGGCAGUCGUUUCUGAUCUAUGCUUUCCCUCCGUGUCGUGUCGUGCUAACCCAUUGGAUUGCUAGAAGACUUCUCCCAUUAGCAACCAGAUUCUCAUCCAUCUCAUCAAUCCGACCAGCACUCGCUCGUCCCGUCUUCCAACAACCUCGCACCCUCUCGAUCCCCCGCUUCCAUAAACUCAACCACAACUUCUACGCCACCAUGGCCGUCCCCAACGUCAAGCUGAACAACGGCAAGCAGAUGCCGCUCGUCGGCUUCGGGCUCUGGAAAGUCAACAACGACACCUGCGCCGACCAGGUGUACAACGCCAUCAAGACCGGGUACCGCCUGUUCGACGGCGCGUGCGACUACGGUAACGAGAAGGAGGCCGGGCAGGGCGUCAAGCGCGCCAUUGACGAGGGCCUCGUGAAGCGCGAGGAGCUCUUUAUCGUUUCCAAGCUGUGGAACUCCUUCCACGACAAGGAGCGCGUGGGGCCGAUUUGCAAGCGUCAGCUUGCUGACUGGGGACUCGAGUACUUUGAUCUGUUCAUCAUUCACUUCCCCAUUGCGCUCAAGUAUGUUGAUCCUUCGGUGCGCUACCCGCCCGGCUUCUUCAUCGAGGACAACAAGACCAUCGAGCUCAGCAAGACGAGCCUGGAAACCACCUACCACGCCAUGGAAGAGCUCUACGACGCCGGGCUCAUCCGCGCCAUCGGCAUCAGCAACUACACCGGCGCGCUCAUCCUCGACGUCGAGCGCUACGCCAAGCACCUCCCGCAAACCCUGCAAAUCGAACACCACCCCUACCUCGUGCAGCAAGACCUCAUCGACCUGUGCCACAACCGCGGCAUCGCCGUCACCGCCUACUCCUCCUUCGGCCCGCAGUCCUUCCUGGAGAUGAACAUGCAGUCCGCGCAGGACACGCCGCUGCUCAUGGAGCACGACGUGAUCAAAGGCAUUGCGGCCAAGCACGGCAAGACGCCGGCGCAGGUGCUGCUGCGCUGGUCGACGCAGCGCAACAUUGCCGUCAUCCCCAAGAGCAACAACCAGACGCGCCUGGCGCAGAACUUGGACGUGUGCGGGUUUGAGAUGAGCGAGGCGGAGCUGAAGAGCAUUUCGGCGCUGGAUAAGGAUUUGCGGUUCAACAACCCUACGAACUACGGCUUCCCCAUCCCCAUCUUCUCUUAGACGGCGACGCAUUGCAUGGCCUGAGACAGACAGCGGGACUGUGGCCUUCUGCCCGACGAACACAAGAGUGUGAGACGGUAGAUGCACACGAACAGUCUUGUCACGGCGGCUCGUGCAAGUAAAAAGAUUGGAGUUAUAUAGAUCAAUUGGAACAU